AUGGCUUCGAACUCGAUCCUCGACAACCCCACACGAUGGGAGCGCCUGGGCGAGCCUGAUGGUGAGCUGGAGCAAAUGCUCAAAGACGGGGCCAAGCCACGAUUCACAGGUACUCAUGACGCCUCCAAGAUCCACGAAAUGCGUAAGAGAUGGCACCCCUUGUUCAAGGCAGGCGCAGACGACGUGCUCCGGGAGACUGGGGGCGAGGUGAUAGAGACCGAGAUCUUCAUCCCAACCCGGGAUGGAUAUCAGCUUCGGGGUCUCCUCUAUCGCUCGCGGAAGACGCCGGUAUCGGGCGCUCCCCUCGUGCUCCUAUUCCACGGCGGUGGCUUUUGUGCAGGCAAUGCCGAGGCGGAGGCACCAGGGUGUAUCACCUCUGCACAGGCUCAUGGAUGCGUAUCGAUUAGUCUGGAAUAUCGGAUGGCGCCCGAGAUUAAGUUCCCGACGCCGUGGGAUGAUUGUUGGGAUGCUCUUGUCUGGAUCUGUGCCAACGCCUCGAAGCUCGGAGCCGAUCUAUCCCUGGGCUUCGUGAUUGGUGGCACAUCCGCAGGAGGCCAUCUCGCCAUACCGCUGGUUCACAAGGCUAGAGAUGAAAAGCUUUCCCCUCCGGUGACUGGGGUUUACCUCAAUGCAUCUCCAGCCUUGGCACCCCAGGCAGUUACAGAGGAGUACAAGGCUCUUUAUCGGAGCCGGGAGACUCUUAGCAGUGGUCUCUCGCUGACAGCUGAGUCUAUCAGUCUGUAUGACCGCGUGAUGGAACCCGAGUUUUCCUCACCGUACUGGAGUCCGUUACUCUGGCCGACGGGACACGCGAACCUGCCACCGCACUUCUUCCAAGUGUGUGGUGCCGAUAUGCUUCGAGACGAGGCCCUCAUCUAUGCCCGUCAGCUCAAACAGAAUGGGGUUCCGACAGAGGUUGUUGUCUACCAGGGAAUGCCGCACGUUUUCUGUGCUGGGGCGGUUGAAUCAGCCAGCCUAUCUCUCUUGAAUCUAGAUUCUCCGUUUGAGAGCACUUUUGCUUGUUUCCAAUUCCAAACUCAUGACCCCUUCCCCGCGCACGCACCAGAUCUGGGACAAUCUGGGGUCAGGGACCUGGAGCGGAUCUGGAGCGGAACUUCAAUGUUGGAGGUAUCCAUUCUCGGUACUGCGCAGAUAAGCCAGCCUGGCCUGGCAUCGGAAGCGGCUACGAGUUCGUAUAUAAAAAUCGCCAGUGUCGUCGAUCAGGAAUUAUCUUUGUCGGUCAGAACUAUCUUUUGCACAUUUCCCUCCUCGUUCGCUCUACACAGCCCUGUGCCAGCCGACACAAGCCAAAUAGCCCACGCCAUGCAUUUCUUCGAGGAACUGACAGGGCCGACUUUGGUUGUUGCUUUGUUUUGCUCCCUUGGCGGAUUGUCCUUUGGCAUCGACUUCGGCUAUUGGUCUGGGGUACUCGGCAUGGAACAGUUUGCGAAAGUGUUUGGGACUUACAAUGCUUCGGAAGAUAAUUACCAUAUCCCUUCCAGUUGGAAGUCUGCUGGGAGCGGCUUACCUAUGGCCGGAUUGGCAAUGGGCGCGCUGCUCUCGGGCUUCGUCGGCAGGCCUCUUGGCCGAGUUCGUACCCUGCAGCUAUCCUAUGUGAUCGCUCUCGUCGGUGUCGUCAUUCAGAGUACAGCCAUUACUUCUUACUGGCAGAUCACUGUUGGUCGCAUCAUUACCGCUGUCGCUCUUGGUAUUCUGGCCAAUACCGUUCCAGCAUACCUGGCAGAGGUUGCUCCUCUUUCGGUUCGUGGCACGCUGGUCAACUUUUACCAAUUCUCCAUUGGAGUCGGUGCAGUCCUCGUGGCUACGUGUAACUGGGGUCUGUAUCAGCGAACGGACCAGUGGGCAUAUCGCACGCCGAUCAUCCUACAGGCUGUCCUGCCUCUUGUCUUUCUUGCCGGCUCUUUCUUCAUGCCUGAGAGCCCCCGCUGGCUGCUGGGUAUUGGAAAGGCUGAUGAGGCUAGAAGAGAGCUGGAGAGACUUCGUCCUCGAGCUGACCGGGAUAUCAUUGAUCAAGAAAUCCAACUUAUUGCAGCUGCUGAGGAGGAGAAUAAGGCACUGAGCCAUGGUACAUGGCUCGACUGCUUUAGCAAUACCAAUCUUCGUCGUACACUGAUCAUGAUUGGAGUACAGUCCUUUCAACAGGCUCAAGGCAUCUCGUUCAUGAGUCAAUACUCAGUUGUCUUCUUUCAGGCCAUCGGCUUUGAGGAUGCAUACAUGAUCAACGUGCUGAUGAGUAUGUGUAUGGCUAUCUCCAGUGCCUUCGCGUUCUAUCUCCCUGACCGUUUCGGCCGUCGCUGGAUCAUGAUUGUUUCGGCUAUCAUCAUGGCCGCAAGCCUAUGCUCUGUUGCUGGAAUCACAGGGUUUGGUCCGCAAGCGACCAGCAAGAGCACGCUGAACGGAGCUAUGGCAGCCAUCUUUCUCUGGCAGAUCUUUACCUCGAUCGGAUGGAGUAGCUGUGUCUGGAUCAUCACAGCGGAGGUGCCAACCCUCGUGCUCCGCGAAAAGUCAAUCACAAUUGCCACAGUCUGCGGCUUCUGCGUUAGCGUAUUAAUCUCUUUCGUCAGCCCUUACAUUCAAGACAAGGGCUACGGUGGCCUGGAGGGGCGGAUCGGCCUUCUUUAUGGCGGUAUGUCUGUCGCUGCCGCGGUGUGGGCCUUUUUGUUUGUGCCCGAAACUGGCUCCCGGGGUCUCGAGGAGUUGGACGAGUUGUUCCGAAACCAGGUGUCCGUCUUCAAAUUCAACCGUUACGAGACGAGCGGCAUUGGCGCCCAGAUCCAUAUUGUCGAGGGUAUGCCCCAUCAGAGACAACUGGCUGACAAGGAGGCUAUGGAGGAGAAGGCUGCUGAGGCGGCUCAGAUGUCCUAA